AUGGGAGACAAUAUGACAUCUAUCACAGAGUUCACCCUAAUGGGAUUUCCCCUUGGCUUGAGGAUUCAGAUGCUUCUCUUUGGGCUCUUCUCCCUCUUCUUUGUCUUCACCCUGCUGGGGAACGGGCUCAUCCUGGGGCUCAUCUCACUGGACUGCAGACUGCACACCCCCAUGUACUUCUUCCUCUCCCACCUGGCCAUCGUCGACAUAGCCUAUGCCUGCAACACGGUGCCCCAGAUGCUGGUGAACUUGCUGAAGCCAGGCAAGCCCAUCUCCUUCGCUGGCUGCUUGACACAGACCUUUCUCUUCUUGGCUUUUGCUCAUACAGAAUGUCUUCUCCUGGUGGUGAUGUCCUAUGAUCGGUAUGUGGCCAUCUGCCACCCCCUCCGAUAUUCUGCCGUCGUGAGCUGGAGUGUCUGCGUCACCCUGGUGCUGACUUCCUGGACCAUUGGAGUCCUUCUGUCUUUGAUUCAUCUCACGUUACUUCUACCCUUACCCUUCUGUAGACUCCAAAAAAUCAAUCACUUUUUCUGCGAAAUCAUGGCUGUUCUCAAACUUGCCUGUGUAGAUACGCACAUCAAUGAGAUUGUAGUAUUGGCUGGAGCAAUUUCAAUGCUAGUGGGACCCCUGUCCUCCAUUGUAAUCUCAUAUAUGUGCAUCCUCUGCGCCAUCCUUAGAAUCCAGUCUGGGGAAGGUCAAAGAAAAGCCUUCUCCACCUGCUCCUCCCAUCUCUGUGUGGUUGGACUCUUUUACGGCACAGCCAUUAUAAUGUAUAUUGGGCCCAGGUAUGGGAACCCCAAGGAGCAGAAGAAAUAUCUCCUCCUAUUUCACAGCCUUUUCAAUCCCAUGCUCAACCCCCUGAUCUAUAGCCUGAGGAACUUGGAAGUGAAGAAUGCCUUGAAGAGAGUGCUGGGAAUAGAGAGAGACUUAUGA